AGAUAAUUCAGUCGAAUAUGGUCUGAUGGCAGGAUAGAAAUAAGUCGACGCUGGGAUCUGAUCUUCGCUCUCGAUUGCAGACAGUCUAGAUACAUCCCAGAGUCUAUUACAGUCGUCAGCUAUGGGUCUCACGAAGGGCAGCUUGCCAUCUCUGCUGGCAAUUCUACCAUUAAUCUCUGGACAGGCUGCUUAUGGACUUGAAUUUGCCAUUCCAUCAUCACCUCCAUCGAAUUCAAGUAGCCUGAUUGACUCUACGCCUUUGGGGGUUUCGCUUGAAUUCUUCGCCUUCCCGGAUUACAUCGAAAAGGUACCAUUGACGAAUUCAUGCCUAAGUGCAUUAGGGGAGGUGUUUGGCACUCCUCCCCCGAUGCGAAUCGGAGGGACGACACAGGAUCGCGCUACAUACAAUGCCUCCUUAUCAUUGGCGGUGUCUUAUACUGUCGCUUCACCGGAUGAUGCCCCGGAUUCUUUGACAUUCGGUGACAAAUUUAUGGAUUUGGCAGCUGGAUAUGAUGGAAAAGUGACAAUCGGAGUCAACCGACGGCUAGACGAUAUCGACAACACCAUCGCAGCCGCAAAGGUCAUUCAAUCAAAACUUCAAAAUUUAUACGCUAUAGAGCUAGGAAAUGAGCCAAAUUUUUUCGAAUCCAGCGACCCUAUCGCACACGGAAACGCCUGGACAGCCGAAGCAGACGCAGAAUCACAAGUAUCAUGGCAAUCAUCCGUGAGCAAAGGUCUCGGUGAUCUGAAAGACUUUGUACAAGCAGGCGUGUUUUUUGACUUGGAAACAUUUACCAUAUCGUAUCUGGUGGAGAAAGAAGAAAAUACGGAUUCGACUCAAUACGUCCACUCCUUCUGCCACCAUUACUAUCCACAGUCGUCGCCUUCAUUUAAUCUGAGCAAGCUGAUGGAUCAUACAACUAUCGUUGAUGGAGUGUUGGCAUUUGAAGAGCAGGUUAGGGCCGCGGAGGAAUUACAGAAGGACUUGAUAAUGGGGGAGACGAAUUCAGCAACCCAAGGAGGAGGCGGCAUAAGUCCCACCUAUGGCGCCGGUCUAUGGAUUCUCGACUACAUGAUGCAAGCCACGAUUUUGGGAGUCAAGCAAUUAUUCUUCCACCAAGGCACAAUUGGUAACUGCCAAUACUGCUGGUGGAACAGCAACAACACCGUCAACGCGCCAUUUUACGGCGCCUACUUUGCCGCCCUCGCCCUCGCCAACGCAUCCCAAGUUGCCCAGCUUGAUAGUGGUGAUACGCGCUACGCCGCGUACGUUAUUUACGAUGCUGAUUCUAAACCGUCCCGGGUUCUUUUGUAUAACUCAGACUACUAUACAGAGGGAACGCGGGGUAGUGUUGACGUGACGCUGACUGCGUUAAGUGGUGAUUCAGUCUCUGUGAAGAGGUUGACUGGAGAUGCAGCGACGACGACUGUUGAGGAUGGAAAGGUUACGAUUGCCGGACAGGCGUUUACGGGUGAGACGUGUGGGUUGAGUGGAAGUGAGAAUGUAGAGAGUGUGCAGGUUGAUGGUGGAGUUGGGAGCUUCAGCGUUGGUGCUUCGGAGGCUUUGCUUGUUUACCUCUAGAAUGGAAUAACCUAGCUUGAUGGCUAUCAUAAUACAUUGAAACAUGAUAUC